AUGAGUAUUGCCGCGAAUGCUCCAGUGGCCGUCUCCCAUCAGCACCCAGCUGCCCUAUUCCAGCGAAACGCGUCCUCAGGUUCGAGUAGUAGCUUGAAUUCAGCAGCAGGUGUACAGGCACAUGAGGGUGUCCCCCAACCUCUUCACCCAGCAGUUAUUCACCAAUGUCUUCCCUCAAUCGACACCUUUAGCCUGCCUCCGCCACAUACGCAGUCGCGUGGGCCACCUGCUUUGACAAAUCUCACUCGUAUAAGUCCUAAAUCUUCUAAUUUGAGAAAGGAUUUUGACGAACACGAUACUCUAAGACCUGGCAAAACGGAUUCCGGCGCUAAGGCUCCAGAUAAGCCAACAACCCAUCCACUUGACACACCAGCAGGUACUUGCAGUGCCCAGACCUUGGGAGUGGAGUCCUUUAAUGGUCCCGCUCUAAGGCAGAGAGACUCUAAAAUGAUAUCACAAUUGGAGCCUGUUGGAACCACCCCAAACAUCCCAACUCUUCAAAACAGAAGGAGACAUUCUUUCGAGCCUUCUGCUGGGUUUAUGAUGGGCAAAGUUAUAAUUCCCAGGGAGCGAUCUCAUGAAAGUGACUCGUCUUGGAUCUUUCAGAGUAAAGUGGCGUCCUUGAUCGAUCUUAAGGAGCAUUUGCUGGACGAAGUGAAAGAGUGGGAGACGUCUAGUCGAACUCGGUUUGCAAGCGAAAAGGAAAUCUUUGAAUUUUUGGAUGGGGUUCCCCUGAUGGCUCUCCAAGAGCUGUCAAAAAAGUCGGAGCAGCUAGUGAAGCUGACAGAUGAUAUUCUCAGUAUUAAGCGCGAAAGAGAAUUAUUCAGAAAGGAUACAAAACUGCCUGCUGGUGAUUCCUCUCAAACGGAGAGCGGCUCUUAUGCUCCUCAUCAUCCCUCUCCAUUGGAUACCACAGCACAAUCCCCCAUCAGAUCCUCGAACUUUGUAAUUCGAAAGAACUACGUCUUCUCCUCAAAACCGCAGUUACCACCAUUGUUGUUUAAGGAAACGCCCAGAAGACUUGAUAGCAUAGUCGAACAAAAUCCACCUAGAGGCACAUUUAGUGUGAAUCUAAAGCCACCCAUGGCGAAGGAUACCGAAAAGACGAAACAUGAUUCGAAAUAUCCAACCAAUUUUGUGGCGCCGCCACGUCCUGUAAGCCUUGACCAUGCUAGUUCGAUUGAUUCCCGUCCUCUUGGUGCGGCCAAAAUUGAGAAACAUUCGAAGAUGCGCAAUUCAUUGCCUAACGCUGGCACUUUCAAUUCCGGUUUCGGUUCUAAGAACAUGUCAUUGAAUGAAACAGGCUGCAACCACUGCUCGAGGAAAGACACACCUGAGUGGAGACGGGGGCCUUACGGAAACAGGACGGUCUGCAAUGCCUGCGGACUAUUUUAUGGGAAACUUGUGAAAAGAUUUGGUCAUCAAAGAGCAAACAUUUUCAUGCAUUAUAGAAAGAACACCCAACCAGCCGAUCGAAGAGUUCCGGCGACGUUCCAUAUACCAGAUCCCUUUUUGAGUCAAGCGCUGACCUUGGAGUAG